GUCCGUGACAGUCUACACAAACUAAUGGAUCCGAAAUCCGACAUUUUGUCUUCCAAUCCUCUCAUCAAAGCUAAUCGUGGUGGAAAACAACCCAUCCGGAUUCCUGCUUCUUCGAAGAAGCUUAAAGCAGCACAGCAGCUACUUCGGAAACUUAAACAUUCCAAGAAUGCCUUACGUCUUGUGACUUGCGAGUUUGACCAGCAGUUUCUGCAUUCUCCUGGUCUGUUGGGUGCAUUCACUCCAAAACUGGAAGUUGGAUGGCAGUCUUGCACAAUCAAUCUGAAUGAGUCUGGUUUCCCUGACCUCGAUGCUUCUGUGUCCAGACAACUUCCACCACUCAUACGGCCAACAGAUCCGGCCGUUUUUGGUCGUUCCGGGCCGGUCCCCAUAUCCAACUCGUUCACAUGGACGCGAUGCGAACCCCGCCUUGUUUCGGAGUCAGAGGAAGAUCCCACCAUUUUAUUGGAGCCCGUCUCGGAGCCCGAAGUUGUCGUUCUUCUUACUACUGAUCAAACGAAAAAGCUAUUGGAAGUCCCUAGGGGAAGUGGUUCCAGUCGAGUUUCAACUUUGGACUCCUUCGGUUCCUGUCUGAAGCAGUUGGGUCGCCCCGUUACUUGUAUCUUUUUGACUGGCGUAAAGCUCCGUGGUUCGAGCAGAAAGCGAACAUCGGGCUCCAGCGUACCUCUCUCUCUAAAUCAACUAUGCGCUAAACUACAAAUCACAUGGGGCAUAUCGGCUAUCCGCAUUUGCAACACCGUCGAAGAUGUGGCCCUUGUACUGGCGGCCUACACCCGAUCCAUCAGUGAGCGUCCUUUUAAGGAAGGCCGUCUAUCUCGCGAUGAGGGCCUCUGUUUUCUCCCCGACACAAUUCGCGCCGGACUGGCUGGCUGUGCCUCUCGAGGCCGUGGUGCCGGACCAGCUCCGGCUUCACCCGUAACUGGCAAACCUAUGGGAACCGAUUCCCGCGCUCUCUACGCUUGGGCGAAUCGCGUUUGGCUUUCUCAGCUUGGCCAAUGGCGUGGUGUGACCGGCGAAAUAGCUCACGCGAUCACUCAGUCUUAUCCAACUGCUCGCGCCUUCUUCCACGCCUGUCAUACACGGACAAACUCCACUGAUAACGAUCACAUGAUCUGUCCUUCCUCGCGUGAUCCCUCCGGCCAAAGACGCCCACAUCCGCUGGAAUCGAAGUUGGCCGACCUUGAAAUCCGACGGGGAGCUGGCGUUUUGGCAUCCACACGUCGUCUAGGCCCCGAGCUUGCUCGACGUUUGAUCUUGUAUUUUACAACGGACGAUCCGAAUUUUGUAAUUGAGUGA